UGCUGGUGUUGCCGGCUACCUACAUGGUGCACUUCAGGGCUCGCCGAAGCGCACCGGAGCUGGUGGCGCCGGCGCGGCCGACGCCCCACGAGGCCAAGACGCUCUCCGACAUCGACGACUUCUCCGAGUGCCGGUACUACGCCUCCGCGAUCGACUUCUUUAGCCACGACCCGACGGUGGACAACCUCCACCCAGCCAGAUCAAUCGUGGCGGCCCUGGCAGAGGCGCUUGUUUACUACCACCCGAUCGCUGGCCGCCUCCGGGAGAUCCCCGGCGGCAAGCUCGUGGUUGACUGCACUGGCGAAGGGGUGGUGUUCGUGGAGGCCGACGCCGACGUGUCGCUCGAGGAGCUCGGCGGGCAGCCCCCCUAUCCGUGCGCCGAGGAGUUUGUCUGCGCUGGCGUGGUCGAGGGCGGCAGUGGCGCCGUCGUCGUAGUUGGCCGACCGCUCUUCUACAUGCAGGUGACGAGACUAAAAGACGGUGCAUUUGUGCUGGGUUUCCAAGUGUGCCAUGUCAUCGCCGACGCCGCCGGCGUGACGCAGUUCAUCGGGGCGAUAGCCGAGUUGGCACGCGGCGAAGCACAUCCGUCCGUAUCGCCAGUGUGGGAGAGGGAGAUCUUCAAGGCGCGUGACCCACCUCGCGUCCGGCAUGGUGUCUACCCAGCGUAUGACCCAUCGUCGCCAAGUAGAACUGUCCUCGGUGACCACGACGACGUUGACGAUCCUAUGCUGUCGACGCCGACGGAAGAAAUGGUUGGGCGAUACCUGCGCUUUGGCCCGAAGGAGGUCGCCGCUCUACGAAUGCAUCUGGAUGCGGCGCAGCCAUGCACGACGUUCGAGCUCUUAACUGCUUUCCUGUGGAGAUGCCGCACGGCGGCGCUGGGCUACCGUUCCUGGCAACGCGUCCGGCUCGUGUUGCGUGUGGACGCGCGUGGCAACCGCCGGUGCAAGCUCGACCCGCCGAUCCCGAGAGGGUACUACGGCAACGCCGUCCUCCGGCCGAUGGCAGAGGCCGGAGUCGAGGAUCUCUGCAGCAGGCCUCUGGGGCACGCUGUAGGGCUCGUGCGGAAGGCGAAGCUCUGCGCCACGGAGGAGCACUUCAGGUCCAUGGUGGACAUGAUGGCGUCGGCGCGCAUGGCCGAGCGGUUGGUAGCGAGUCGGCGAGUGUUCCAUGUGUCUGACCUCACUCGGCUCGGGCAGGCGGAUAAAUUUAAUUUUGGUUGGGCCAGAAGGGUUGGUGGUGGGUUGCCGAGGAUAGGGAUCUCAAGCUUUCUCAUGGCUUGCAAGAACGAGCAUGGCGAGGACACAAUUGUAGUGCCCAUGUUAUUGCCCAGACAUGCCACGGAGAGGCUGGCAAAGGAGAUAUCCAUGUGGGUUGGAGAUAAGUUUGUUAUACGCAGCUCCAUGUGACUAGAAGAUAAAGAUAUCUGAAUGCUUUGUGAGUUGGGUAUGUAGAAGUACAUGUGGA